AUGGCUCUUAGUAACCAAAUAGGCAUUCUUUUAAAUGUCGGAAAUGGAUCUUUUACAAAUCCAGCAAUGUUUGACAUUGAAGCAUCAUCUUAUCCUGUGGGGAUCGGGGUUGGUGAUUUGAAUAAUGACAAUUGGACGGAUGUCAUGGUCGUCCAUAAAUUCCUUCCGAAUAUCGCUAUUUUUCUCGGCUCUGGUGAAAGAAUCUUUGCAUCACAUAACAUAUAUUCAACUGGUACUGAUUCUGGACCACGAUCUGUCGCUGUUGCCGAUUUCAACAACGAUAAGAUACUAGACAUCGUUGUUGCAAAUAGUGUUAGUAGUAAUAUCGGUGUGCUUCUGGGAUACGGAGAUGGAACUUUCAAAAAUCAAACGACACAUGUAACUGGUGUUGGUUCUUCUCCAUGGUCAGUUGCUGUUGGUGAUUUCAAUAAAGACUUUCUGAUGGAUAUCGUCGUCGCCAAUCGUUAUAGUGACAAUGUAGGUAUUUUGUUUGGAUCCGGAGAUGGAACUUUUGGAUAUUCACGAACGUAUUCAACUGGUCCUUUAUCUAUACCACUCUCAGUCGCUGUUGCCGAUUUCAACAGGGACAACACACUGGAUAUUGCUGUCGUCAAUUAUUAUGCUAGUAAUCUACGUAUUUUCUAUGGAGAUCGAAAUGGAACGUUUGAUGACCAGAAAAUUUAUGGAAUUGGUUAUAAGUCUGACCCGUUGACAAUUACUGUCGGCGACUUCAACAAUGAUAACUGGCUGGAUAUUGCAGUGAUCAUCCAAGGCACGAACAGCAUUGAAGUACUUUUAAAGAAGUGUUAG